AUGCAGUACCUACCACUUUGCUUCGCCAUCUCUUCUUUAGCCUCAUAUACGACAGCUGUGUCUUCGCAGUCUGCGUCCUCACCAGGCUCAGCUUCACAGCUCGUAAAUAGUGACUAUCACGCUGACGCAGGCGUCUUGAAAUAUGUCAACCCUCUCGUGGGCACCCGGGGCUAUGAUCCCAACGAUCUUGGUGGCAUGAUCCCCUCUGUGUCUCCGCCAUUUGGCAUGACGCGAUGGACUCCGCAGACGCGUGAAAACUUCAUCUCCCAGGUCCCCUACAAUGACCGCGACCGCCGCAUGCACGGCUUUCAAGCAACUCACCAGCCUGCCAUCUGGAUAGGCGAAAACGGCCACGUAGCACUGAUUCCAGGCCUUGGCGAUGAGAUCCGCCACCAAUUCCAGCAUCGAGGGCUGGCAUUCAGAAAGGAAGAUGAGAGGAGCACGCCUUACGUGUACGAAGUGACGCUUGAUGCAGACUCGGUGGGCGAAUUCGGAUGGAAUCUUACCGAACAAGCGACAUCAGAGCUUCUCGGAGAUGCCUGUCCCCCAUGUCCAGGAGGCGCCAAUUUUAUCCCAAAUAGAGACGUGAUAGAGGGUGCCAAUGGUCGCGUGAGAAGACGGGAUUACGUCUUUGAGCCAGAGCACCAAUAUACCGUGCAAAGCCCAUCUGCAAAUGCUUCAGAUUACCUUGCCGGAGCUCCGUAUGAAAACUCGAUACAAGUAGCCAUGAGUGCAUCAGCCCAUGUUGGCCAUCUUCGCGUUGAUUUCCAAGAUACCCAGUCACGACAGCCUUAUUUUGUUAUACAGGCCAGCCGACUCAACUGGACAGGCCAUGUCGAAAUUGAUCCUGAGACUCAAGAGGUAUCGGGAAGUAAUAGCCAGCGACAAGAAUACUUGCUAGGCCCCGACAAGCCGGAAUCGUUUAGACUCUACUUUGUUUCACGCUUUUCUGCCCCAUUUGCCUCUUACGGAGUUAGCCGUGCUAGCAAGUUGUAUAAAGAGCAAAAAUACAUCCAAGACAAGUUUGUCGGUGCAUAUGUCACUUUCGAUGAGUCGGUUCAGAGAGUCGAGGUGAGGACUGGAGUCUCGUAUGUAAGCGUGGAGCAAGCUAGAAGGAAUCUGGAUAUCGACAUACCAGAUGGGACGACGUUUGAAACGACUGUCGAUAACGUCAAGUCGGCCUGGCUAGAAAGACUUGGCCGCAUUAAAAUCUCUGGAGUCAACGAGACCGGCGCAGACCACGACCCCCAAACUAUCUUCUACACAGGUUUAUUUCACGCUCUUCAGUAUCCGAGCGACUAUUCCGAGCCUACCACUUCAUCUGAGGGUGGUCUGCGCCGCUUCUAUAGUGGCUACACAGACAGCGUUCAUGAAGCGAAUGAUUCAUAUUACCAGUCGUGGUCGAUCUGGGACACAUACAGGGCAGAGCACUCUCUGCUUACCAUCUUUGCUCCUGAGCGAGUCGAUUCUAUGAUACGCUCUCUUCUACGAAUAUUUGACUGGUCUGGCCGGCUGCCUCUUUGGAACAAUAUGAUUGAAAAUAACGAAAUGAUCGCAACGCAUGUCGACGCUGUGAUUGCAAAUGCAUUAAUUAGAGGCUUCGACGAUUUCGAUAUCCAAAAGGCGUGGUCUGCCGUCCAUAAAGACGCCUAUGUACCCCCGGAGAAUGACACCGACUUGCUCUAUUACUCUAGAGAACCAAGCACUCCCUACGAAUGUCGAGCCGGGCUAACGAGCUACCUCGAGCACGGAUGGGUUGACAAUGAUCGCUGGGCCGAGUCUGCUAGCCGCACGCUCGACUAUGCUUUUGAUGACUAUGCUGCCGCCGUGGUUGCUGAACAUGCCGCGCAUUACGAUUAUGCGGAGGAGCUACGACAACGGUCACAAAAUUACAGGAAGCUCUGGAACCCAGAAACCGAGUUCAUGCAGGCUCGCAACGCAAACGGUACAUGGGCAGAUGAAUCUUGGGGCUGGACCGAGGGCGACAAAUGGAUUUACACGCUAAACGUGAUGCACGAUGUCGGCGGCCUUGCUUCAUUGUUCAAAGGCGGCAAGAAAGCCAUGAAGGCUCGCAUGGAUGAAUAUUUCGCGGGUGGUCAUAACAUGCACAGUAACGAGCCGUCGCAUCACGCUCCUUAUUUGUAUUCUGCAAUCGGGUAUCCUGCUGAUGCAGCAAGACAAAUCCGUGAGCUUGCGUGGGAGAACUAUAACGCAACGGCUUCGGGGCUUAGCGGCAACGAAGAUUUGGGGCAAAUGAGCGCAUGGUACGUCUUGUCGGCGCUGGGGUUCUACCCUGUCAACCCAGCGAGCGACGAGUAUGUUGUAGCAACACCAUUCUUUGACGAGGUGCAAAUUCUACUGCCUCCUGGGCCGGGAGAUGACGGAAAGGAGCAUACGCUGGUGAUUUCGGCACCUGGAGCGGGCUCUGAGGGGAAAGCGUUUGUGAAGAGUUUGAAGAUUGAUGGGCAAGACAUCAAUAAGCCGCUACUGAAGCAUAAGCAGAUUGUGAAGGCGAAGAAGAUUGAGUUUGAGAUGAGCAGUGAGCCAACAGACUGGGGACGAGAGGGGACGGUGUAG